AUGAGUUUACUAAUUUCAGUAUUGGGAUAUAAAAUUUAUUUUUUGCAUCUUCUAUAUAACAAGAAUAUCAUAUUAUUAUUUGUUAUAAUACUCCUAUCGCUAUGUAGUCAUGUAAAUACAAAUAAACUUGUAAAUACUACAGAUAAUACAUACAGAGAAAAGAAUUUUCUAAAUUCAACAUUAUUAAAUGACAGUAAUCAGUUAAUGAAUAAAAAAUCGAAUAAUGAUUGUUCAAUUUCAUUAACUGAAUUUAUUAUCUAUUUUUAUAUACAACCAAUAAUAUGUUUCAUUGGAUUUAUAUUGAAUAUAUUGAAUAUGAUUAUAUUCUGUAGACCACAAUUUUCUGGAGCUGCUUAUGCUUAUAUGAUUGCUAUGUCGUUAGCUGAUGCAAUUACAUUGAUUAGUUAUAUGCCAUCUGGUUUAGUUAGGUAG